AAGAGCAGUGUACGAAUUUCCUUCGCGAAGAACAUCAAAGGUGCAACGCAACAUCGUUCUCCAUCAUUCUAUUAACCCAUCACCACCAUCAUCAUCAUCAUCUUUGGUUGCUUUACCAUUGCUCUUAGGAUAAAAAAGCAAUAAUGGCACCUCCUGUGAAAAAGCCAUUGGCUGGAGGAAAGACGAUUUUGCCAAACAAAGAAAAAGGUUUAUUUGCAAAAUUGAUUCAAGAAUAUGAAUCGAAAAAGUAUAAAAUCGGUUUAAAGACUGCCGAUCAAAUUUUGAAAAAAUUUCCGGAACAUGGUGAAACUCUUUGUAUGAAAGGUUUAAUUUUGGCUUCGCUUAAUAGACAAAAUGAAGGUUUAGAAUUGGCUAAACAAGGUUUACGAUUCGAUUUAACUUCUUUUAUUUCUUGGCAUGCUUUGGGUAUCUUGAACAGGAUCGUCAAGAAUUACAACGAAUCCAUCAAAUGUUACUCACAAGCUUUGCGGAUCGAAGGAGGGACGAAUAUCAACCUUGUACGGGAAAGCGCUUAUCUGUACAUGCAAUUGAGGGAUUGGCCAAAAGUGGUCGAAAAUCGAUUAACGCUCGUACGUAUGCAGCCACAUUUGCGUAUGAAUUGGGCAGGUUUGGCUGUUUCUUUGCAUCUUGGAGGGGAUACAGCGGAAGCAUUGCGUGUGCUGGAGCAUUUUGAAAGUAUCCAUCGCGAUGUACCCAAACGGUCGUAUGAACAAUCAGAGGUGUUCUUGUAUCAUGCUCAAGUCCUUCAUGAAGCUGGCCGACACAAAGAUGCAAUAGAAUUUCUAAGCAAAAAGACUUCCGAUCAAGUACUCGACGUAAAGGCUUCUUCGCUCUUGCAAGGCAAAUGCCAAUUGGCUCUAGGGGAAGUGGAAGAGGCGGAAAAGACAUUCAAUGGCCUUUUGCAGAGAAAUAAUGAAGAUCGACAAUACAUUGCUCUUUGGCUGAAGACAAAGGGAGUUGAUGUACAAUCCGGCAAAGCUGAUUCCACUGCCGCUUCAGCCGCAUUCAAGUCGCUACAAGAGCAAUUCCCAUCUUCCAGAGCGAUCAAGCGAAUGACACUAACGUUGGUAUCUGGGGAAGAAUUCCACACUCAAGCAUCUUCCUAUAUUCUGGUCGCAUUGCAAAAGGGAGUGCCUUCGAUUUUCAAUGAUGUACGGGCUCUUUAUGUGGACGAUGCAAAGCGGGAUGCGAUUGAAAACAUUGUCGAAGGUGCUCGGGAAAAAUGGACAAAAGAUCCGAAUGAAGCUCCCACCUCCCUUCUAUGGACUCUCUACUUCUUGGCACAACACUACAGCUUCCUUGGACAGUACGAUGAGGCACUCAAACACAUACAUAGUGCCAUCGCUCAUUCGCCUACUUUACCCGAACUACACAUGACCAGAGCAAGGAUUUACAAGAAAGCAGGUGCGAUAGAUUGGGCAAAUACCGCAAUGGAAGAUGCUCGGCUGCUCGACGGACAAGAUCGUUCGCUAAAUUGCAAGGCGGCCAAGUACUCCUUGCGAGCAGGAGAUAUCUCCGGAGCAUCAAAGAAGGCGGGCUUGUUUACAAAACCUGACGUCGAAGAUCCUGUAUUGGACUUGGUAGAAAUGCAAGCUUCUUGGUAUUUAAUCGAAGAAGCAAGAGCUUGGCUAGCAAAGGGAAAUUACGCAAUGGCCUUGAAGAGAUGUACACAAAUCGACAAGAUCUACACAGAAAUUUGGGAUGAUCAAUUGGACUUCCACUCAUAUUGCACACGCAAAUUCACGUUACGUGCUUAUGUUGAUAUGGUUCGGUUUGAGGAUCGUCUACAUAGUCACCAUGCUUACUUCUCUGCUGCAACCACUGCUAUUCGCAUUCUAUUGAAAUUGCACGAUCAACCUUCUUUGUUGAAAUUGCAAAAUGGUACGGCAGCGGAAAAUGGCAACGACGACCAAAAGAAGCUAUCAAAGAAGGCCAAGAAGCUGGAAGAGGCUGCAAAGAAGAAUGCAGCUUCCGCAAACGGUAAAGCAGAGGAGGAGGAAGUCAAUGCGCCGCCAAAAGACGAUGAUCCAGAUGGAAGGGAAGCAUUCAAAGCUGUAGACCCAUUGAAAGACGCAGAGAGGUAUAUUACCUUGCUGCAGAAACACGCUCCUGCUCAGCCGGAAACAUGGUUGUUAUCCUUUGAAGUUGCUCUGCGGGGAAAGAAUUGGCUUGCGGCAACGAAAGCAAUCGCAAGGGCGCAUGCUUUGGAACCAGAGAAUGGCAAAGUUCAUUAUGCCAUUCUUAGAUUGCGUAAAGCAUUACCCGUUCUUAGUGAAGCACCAGAACCGAUUCGGGAGAGUAUUUCUGCCGUUUUGAAACCCAUCGUUCCGCUUGAAGAAGGAACCUUGGAGGCGUUCAAUGCCACUUUCGUUCAACGUCAUGCUGGAAAGAGUGCGGAGAAUGCUUUGGCUUCUGCACGAUCUACACUUCUACUUCGGGGAAAUAACGAAGAUGGAAAACGUGAAGCGGCUGCAAUCUUGUUGGAGAUGGCAAAAGGAGCUGCUGCUUCAUAUGCAAAAGCAGGAAAGAGUGAUGUGAAGUUGUCUACAUUGCAAGAGGCAUUUGAAUUUUUGAAAGAAUGCGGAUCAACAGAUGCGGCCGCAUUUGUAGAGGCAAGUAAACAAGCUUACCCACUUUCCGAUAUAUUCAAAACAGAUGCACAAAAGGAGAAGGAGAGCAUUGAUCGGGAAAAUGAGAGAAGAAGUUGGGCGUUUGCGCCACCUGAUGCUGAUGGAAGCCCAGCAGCAACAAAUGGACAAAAUUGAUGUGAAUUGAUAAAUUAAGUACAUCUUAUCUUCUCUGUUGAUUAUAGGAAUCAGAGCAUUUGUAUACAAGA